CAUCCAUCUUCGAUACCCUCGCUUGAGCCCCUCCCUCCCGCCAGUCAGCCGAUUAUCCUUUUCCUGCCUAUAUAUAAUACCUAGCAUCGCUCGCUUCCUGUCAUGUCCCUGCAGGCCGUCCGCUACUCGCGCGGCAAGCUCGAGGUGCUCGACCAGCUGCGGCUGCCGCACGAGUUCCACUACGACGCCGUCACCACCCGCAAAGACGCCUUCGACAGCAUCGCCAGCAUGCGUGUGCGCGGCGCCCCGGCCAUCGCCAUCGUCGCCAGCCUCGGUCUGGCCGUCGAGCUGCACAACGCUGGCCCCGGCGUCCCUGGCGCCGCGUCAGCCGCCGACGCCGUCGCUCACAUCGACGACGCCCUCGACUACCUCAAGACGAGCCGCCCGACCGCCGUCGACCUCUCCAACGCCAUCGACCGCCUCAAGACGUGCACGCGCGAGGCCGCCGCCGCCAGCUCCUCCAGCUCACCAGACGACAUCGUGCGCGCCUUCGUUGACGAGGCCGAGGCCAUCUUCGAGCGCGACCUGCAGACGAACCUGGCCAUUGGCGAGCACGGCGCCGAGUGGCUGCGCGCCCAGGGUUCGGCUGCCGCUGCUGGCGGCUCCUCCAACGACAAGACCAUGUCCGUCCUGACGCACUGCAACACGGGCUCGCUCGCCACGUCGGGCCACGGCACCGCCCUCGGCAUCAUCCGCACCCUGCGCGACAAGAAGCUCCUCCGCCACGCCUUCUGCACCGAGACGCGCCCCUACAACCAGGGCAGCCGCCUGACGGCCUUUGAGCUCGUCUACGAGGGCAUCCCCGCGACCCUCAUCACCGACUCCAUGGCCGCGGCGCUCUUCCGCACCCGUGGCGCCGAGGCUAACCUCGCCGCCGUCAUCGUCGGUGCCGACCGCGUCGUGCGCAACGGCGACACCGCCAACAAGAUUGGCACCUACCAGCUCGCCGUCCUGGCGCGCCACCACGGCGUGCGCUUUGUCGUCGCCGCGCCGACCACGAGCAUCGACCUCGCGACGCGGACCGGCGACGGCAUCAAGAUUGAGGAGCGCAAGCCCGAGGAGCUGACGCAGGUCACGGGCGCCGUGAUCCGUGACGACGGCACCGUCGAUGAGGCGGCGCCCAAGGUGCGCGUGGCGACGGCCGAUCAGCGCAUCGGCGUGUGGAACCCGGCCUUUGACGUGACGCCCGCCGAGUACAUUGAUGCUGUCGUGACGGAAAAGGGUGUCGUGGAGAGGGGCGCAGACGGCGUCUUUGACUUUUCGCACAUUAUGCCGGAGCGGUGGGCAGCCGUCGUAGGCAAGGAGGAGGAGGAGCAACGAGCGAACCGCGCACGCCUGGGGGCCAAGUUUGGGACGGCCGUGCGGGCGGACACGGGGGCUCCCGGCACUUUAUGA